CCCGGCGGCUCUUCCCUGGCGCCGGGCUUGCCCGGAGCGCCCUCCGCCUCUCUCGGCCCUCCUCCCCCUGCUCCUCCUCCAGCCGCUCGCCGGCUCCAGCCGCUUUCGGCGGCCUCCUCCUCCUCCUUCCCUCCUCGGCUCGGCUGCUGACUCAGCCACAGGGAAAACUCAAAGGGCAGUUCGCCUGCCUGUCUCCCGCCGCUCUCGGCAGGACGCGCGGGCGAGAGCGGCCUUUGACGCGCCCCACUCCGCCGCCAUGGGCCCCUGGCCGGGAGCGGGCGCGUGAAGCGGGCGCCCGGGAGACAUUUCUCGCGCUCUCCUCCGCCGCGCAGCCGCCGGCCUCAAAGUUGCUCCCCGGACUUCGCCGCCUCGCUCCGCGGGAAGGGGCGCAAGGCAGCAUGACAGCCAUCGCAGUGCAGGCCCAGUGGUUACUCACUCGUAGAAGACGGACAAGAUCGUUUUUUGAGAUGUUCAUCAGGAGCCUGAUUAUCCUCUGCGUUGCGAUAGCCAUUGUCCUGUCCUCCAUUGCUGUGUGCGAUGGGCACUGGCUUUUUGCCAAGGGAAAGCUCUUUGGACUGUGGCACUUCUGCACAGUCGGGAACAAUAGUGCCCUGAAAUGUGCCACUGAUCUCACGUUGGCCAACAUUCGAGGGAUCAACGUGGGAAUGACUUUUGCAAGAAGUCUGGUGUCUUUUGCUGUUGUCGUCGCAAUCUUUGGCCUGGAACUUCUCAUGGUCUCCCAAGUCUGUGAAGACGUCAACUCCAGGAAGAAGUGGUCGAUGGGAUCGAUCCUCGUUCUUCUCUCGUUCCUGCUCUCAUUCACUGGAGUUUUGAGCUUCUUAUUCCUUCUGAGGGACCACAUCACUCUCACGGGUUUCACACUAACCUAUUGGUGUGAAUUCAUUUCUGCCUUCCUUUUCUUCCUGAAUGGAAUCAGUGGACUUCAUCUUAACAACAUCACAUUUCCGUGGAAUAGAAUGAGGAAAAAUUAAAAGAAUGGUGGAUAUUAGCUUCACCAGAUACACAGAAAAGUAAACUGGGGCCUUUCAAAAGGAGACCAAGUUUUCUUAGUUUACAUUAAGAGAAAACAUAUGAAAUGGAUGUCUCCAAGAUCACUUGAUAAUGGAUGCUGGAUACUGGAAGUUCGCUAUUAUGACCUGCUUAGAUUUUGAAUGAUGUAACUCUCCACAGAAAUGGAAGUGCAAAAGACUGGUUUCCUUUGUUUAAAGCUCAUUCAUUUAAAGGUGGCCCAGUAAAAGCAAAACAAACUUGGUUUGCUGGUUUUAAUGCUAUUUAAGGCGCAUCCUUACUGUAAUCUAUCUGGAGUUCUUAGAUUUAUUAAUCAAAAGCUCCAACCAGGUCACAGUAAAUUGUGACUUAAUCUCAUUAAAACCAAUAGGUCAGAUUGUCAGGACUAAGAAAUCUCACUGGAGGUCAUACUCAGUAUCCAAGUGAGAAAAGAUUAUAAAUGUGCUUUGUCCUUUUCAGAAAACUUCAUGGUUUCAUUUUUGCACAUCAGCUGGGAUCAAGAUUAGGAUCAUUUGUACUAUGCAAAAUGUUGAGAAUGCUAACUAAGGUCUCACCUCCAAAUUCAAAUAAUUUGCAUUUUAGCAUAACCUAUUCAAAAAACAUUAUAUGGGCUUUGGUCCUUGUUGUUUCUGCCAUGAGAGUAUAUCUGAUUUAUAUACAAUGCCAACAUUUCAACAAACCAGCCAUGCACUGUGGAGAUAAUUGCUCUCAUCUGAACUGUACCUCCCAUGAACCUUUUUAUGGUGACAAUUUGGUUUCACGAGAUACAGGGCUUGUCUUACAUCUCACCACAUUCUGGUGUCUCUCUUAACCAUUUUCCAAGUGGGAAAGGAAGAGAUCUCAGGCCAGAGUGCAAGAGGUGGCUGGGCUGCCCUGGAAUGGAUUUCAGUGGCUUUCCAGAUGUGGUUGGACUCCAAUUCCCAUCAGCUGCUGCCGCCAGCAUGGCCUGUGGUCAGGAAUGAUGGGAGUUGUAGUCCAACAAUACAUGGAGGGCCACAGGUUCCAAGCACUGCCCAGCCGCAUCUCCUACCUGGAAGCAGGAUGGUUUGAAGGGGAACCACAGGAAGGCGCAUUGAUGGAGACGGACACAGACAACCAGACUUUGGUCAUCAUGACAAAACUGAUUGCCUGAUUUGAACCACAACAAGGAGCCUAAUGACAGUAGGUAUACUCUUAACGACACCGGCCAAAUGAUAAAAUAACACCUGCAGUAUUCAUUUGGUUCAGUAUAAGUGAUUUUAAAAGAAACUUCCUUAAGAUGUCCACCUUUAAUUUUGUAACAUUCAGGCACCCCUGUUGCUGGAGAGCAACACAGAGAAUCAAAAUGCUUAAUAUAUGGGUUGCAGUCGUCUCUUACAUGGCUGGAAUUUAUGCUAUAUAAUUUAAUAUUAUGUCUGAUUGUUAUUUCUUUCAUUCAUGGAUAGCAAGCAUGGACCCCAGUCAUUUCUAUCUUAGAGUAAGCAUCUUUACGAAUAAGUAUUAUUCUCCCUCUCCCUUUUUCUUCACAUGAUUCCACAAUCUCAUUAUGUGGCCAGAUGGGUUAGAAUGAUUUCAAUUAUAGAAGAUCCACAACCCUCAUUGUGUUGGAGCCGAAGAGGUGAAUUGGGCAGCUUAGCAGCAACAAAGGCACUUUGCUGCAGAGAGGCAGAGCUAUCUGCCCAAUAUAUUGUUAAAGAGGUCUUUGCUACUCAGAGUUAAUGAGGAAAAAACAAGGCAAACUCUUCCCUGUGGGCUAGAGAUGAUCUUUCAAAACGCCAUCACUCUAUGCAGUCCUCAGAGAACAGGAUGUAGAUCAGGGAAUGCUGUGCUAGCAUUGCCAAUUUCACUUCCCUCUUCUCAAAAUCACAGGAAGCAAAGUUCCUGCUCUCUCUUUCUCUGAAGGCAGUCAUCCAAGCUGGGAGUGUUGUUCAAAUUCUCUUCUUGUUUUUUAAAAAAAUUAUGCUUUGAUAAAAAUGCUUGGAAAUUUUUUUUGUUUGGGUUUGAGGAGUGAUCUAGUGUAUAUCUGCUGGCAGGAUUAUUUUGAAAAUACAUCCAGGGACACACGUAACUACCCAUGUAGUUCUGUAUGGAUUGACAAUUGUUUCUUGGUGAAACAACAGCCGUAAUACCCUAAAGAACCACCAUUUACCCAGUGCAACCAUUUCGUGACUAGUCGAGAGAGAAGUAUCCUCACGAUCCACGAUGGCUUAAAAGGGGUUGGUCAAGGUGGCUUUUAUGUGAAGCUGUUCAACACACCCGACCCCCAAAUAGUUGUCAAAAUGGUGAGUGGUUGGCACACAUUUGUUCAUGAUUAUGUUGCAGAAGUGUUGACCAACUGUCCACAAAUGGUUCAGGUGUUCUAGGUGAGUUGUCAAUGGUAGAAAGGGCUGAUGAACGCAAACCCUUAUCAGAAACAUGUGAUGUGUGUCAGAGACUGUGCUGUUCUCCAUUUAAGCACAGUCCUUUUAAAAUAACAAACAUCUGGCAACUGGAAAGAGGCAAUACUGUGCCAUGGAUUUAAUUCAAGGGCAAUCCCAAACGUUUGUUUAGGAAACAUGAUGUCUUUUUGGAAGAACGGUCUAGUGAAUGAAGAAAUUGUGGCAAGGCUUUGUUCCCCAUGGGCCUACCCAGAUAAUCAUCUUGCAGCACAACAACUGUGCAAUUGUGACUAAUCUGCUGUGUAAGAGCCACAGAAGUGAUAGCUUCCUUUAAAUAAGUACACAUGCUUAGGGGACUUUUGCAUUCCCUCCCCCUAUCACUGGCUGCUUCUUAAGAGUUUCAGCUCCAUUUUUACAAAAGCUCAACACUCCAACACUCUCUGAAGUACACAUCAUUCAGACUUUUCUAAAAUUGGCACACUAUGAUAAGACAUCCCACAUGCAUUAGGCGGGCCUGGGUAUCACACAAUUUCCACUGAACUGAAGCUUUCAAGACUAUCCCAUGGAGGUUAAAACGCAUUAGAGACCCAUUUUGAGCUGACAAUCUGAAGGAGCCCUCCAUGCCAUUCUAUAGCUGGUUCUUCUUAUGGGCUUAUGAUUCCAUUCCUAUUAAAGGCCAUUUGUCAGUAAAGACUGGAGAGUGUGAUAGCAAAGGGGUGUGUUUGUAUGUGGUCUUUGUCUCAAAUAAGUGUUGUUGUUUUUUAUUAUGAAACCUGCAGCUUUUCUAAACUGUUUUCUUAAAAAAAAAAAAGGUUAGAGAAUAUAGGAAGAAAUCUCAGAUCUGAAUGUCAAAUGUUCAAUAAACUACUUUGUGAAUUGCUA